AUGGCCCCUCGGCAGCGCGAGCCCUCGAUUGACCGCACGGACGAGUACGACAAGUUUAUGGAAGACUUGGCCGCAUACCAUGAAAAACGAGGUACCGUCCUGGACCGAGAACCCAAAGUCGGCCCGCGACACCUAGACCUCUUUCGGCUCUACAAGCGGGUAUGUGAGGAAGGAGGCUACGAUAAGGUGUCAGAUAUCAAGGCAAAGCCGUUAGCUUGGAGGAGGCUUGCUGCUGAAUUCCUUCCUGGAGUGAGCAAUAUCACGGGCUUGGCCUUCCUCGUGAAGACAGCAUAUUACAAAAACCUCGCCGCAUAUGAGAUUACCAACGUCCACAAGAGGGAGCCGCCGCCCAAAGAGAUCCUAGAAGAUGUCACGGCUAAGGGCGGCGACCUGCUGAACCGAACACUCGAGAACUUCCUCAUACCUGUUGGCCGAGAUGCAGAGAGCUCGGCGAAUGAUGGCGACAAGGACAAGGACGGCGAAGGCCCUGAUCGAGAACCGGCGAAGACACCGAAGGAAGAGAAGAUGGACAUCGACGAACCCGGAAGCACAGGAGGGCGAGUUACUAGAGGUCUCCGGCAUGCGCCUCCACAACGCGUCCUCUUCCAACCUGAGGUCUCCUCCAGACAGACACGCCAAUCCUCUAACCGAUUGAACUCGCCAACCCCAGGAUCAAGUACUGUCGGCGCACAGACGAACGGCACUUAUGCCACCUCGUUUUCUCUCGCCAACUACGAGCCGAGCCAACCAAUCGCCUCCUCUGUUAAGCCCGUCGUCACACCAGGCAACAAUCCAGACUACUUCCGCAAUAUGGCCAGGAAACUCGCUGCAAACAGAGCAUCCAGGGGAGUCCAGCACCACAAGGGCAUGAUGCUUCCUGGCACCGGCUUUAUUGGUCCGAACAUUUACAUACGAGCUUUAUUGGCGCUUCAAUCUGGCAUCGUCGAGGAGCAAAAAUAUGCACUACACCAUCUUGUCAAAAUAUCACACGAACGGGGCGACAAGUACAGGUUCGACGGUUUUCCAGGCCUCGCUGAAGCUUUGAUAUCUAAGGUCUUGGAAGUAAGCUCUUUGUUCUAUGACGUCAGGUGGGAGCUUUCCUAUGCAGAUUCCGACUCGACUGCAGGUCCUUAUACUCUCAACGGCCUUACCGGAACGCCUGAUUUGCUUCAGAAGAUCGGUGCAUUGACGCCUCUCGACGCUGAGGAUGACAUCCAGACUGAGGAGUUUUCUGAGGCUCUGGCUACGAUCAACGAGGCAGGUCUGAUUCUCCGCAAUAUGGUCAUGCUCGAUCAGAACGCCGAGUAUGUCGCGAGUCUUCCGCUCGUGAAAGACUUCAUCGUCAUCGCACUGAACUUGCCGCAUGUCUCUUGCACCGUUGAGCUGCAGCAUUACGCAUUGGAGAUCGCGGAACAGCUAACAAAGUUCUACGUGCUGGGUGGUCAAAGUCCACUGUAUCAGUCGCUACUGGCACAACUCGAAUCAGCUGAUCGGGGCGCCAUCAUCACAUCACUGAGAGCUCUUGGACGAAUCGCUAUGAACUCCGAAGUCAACAACCGACUGAGCGAUGUUCCGGUCGCAAUAUUGCAACGCAUCUGCGACUGGCUGCUGAUCGAAGACGAAGAGCUCCGGCUCGCCUGCCUGGACUUCCUGUACCAGUUCACAGCCACUCUCGACAAUGUGGAGAUCCUGGCGCGCAAUGUCAACAGCCAAAGUCUGGUCAACCAACUUGCUCGUCUCUUGCUUUACCAUGCACAUUUUGAUGAGCGACGGGAACGGACACGUACUCUUGCCAAGAAUGGACCGCCUCCGGACACGCCGCCUCGUCUUGCUUCCACGAUAGUCGAGCAACUAGCUGUGAUCGAGGAGCCCGAGCGAAGCUCCCAGUGGCUCAAAACAUGUUUCGAAGAAGACCCCGCAGGCGAGAUAACCCAAAUCGCUUUGUGGACCGCCUACAACCAAUCCUUCCAAGCCGCGUCGCAACAGCCCGGCCGCCCCGCCCUCUCCCAAGCCAAAGACUUCAUCACCAACGUCUCCAACACCUUCCCCGGCGCCAUCGCCCAAGUCGUCCAACAAGGCCCCAUCGCCAAAUACACCAUCAAGGGCCUGCGCCCGCGCGCCGUCCCCGUCGACCUCCGCGGCCGGCCCUACAUGCCGUGCCAGUGGCUGAUCCCCGCCCCACCCUCCACGACGCUGCCGCCGCAACUCCCGAACCAGCCGCCGCGCCCGAAGCUCCAGCCGUGCAACGAGUACGCCUUCAAGCCGGCACAGAUGUGGGAGCACGUCCUGAGCUCGCACCUGGGUCUGCCCCACGACGCCGCGACCGGCAAAUUCGACCUCGAGAUCGUCCGCUCGACGAGCGACCCCAUGGUGGAUGUCAAGCCGGACAUCAAGCCGCUUCCCGAGCGCAGGUACGACUGCAAGUGGGGCGGCUGCCGCCACUUCGCGGCCACGAACGGAGAGAGCAAUCCGCACGUCGUGGCCAAGCACAUCAAAACCCACCUGCCCGACGACUCGCCGCAGAGCGCGCACAGGUCUAGGCACAACCGCGCGCCGCCGCCUGACACCGACACCGACCACUCGUCGACCCCGACGCCCGGCGGCGCAGCGAGCGCCAAGGCGGCGCACAAGUACUUCCUGAACACAGCGACGGACGAGCGCAACGACGCGGCGGGCCUGCCGCUCGCAAGCGUGCUCGUGCUGCGCAACCUCGCGCGUGGGUUUGGGAAGAUGGAUGCCGCGAGCGGCGGCGACGAGAGCUGGGUCCGCAGCGUGUUUGCGCCGGUCAAGGAACAGCUGUACUACGUCAUGGCGUACAAUCUUAGCUUGAGGGAGUAUAUUGCUAGUUUGACUAGGGCGGUGGCUGCGGCGGGUGGAUAG